AAGAAUCGAAUCACUACAAAUUAAAUUCUCUUUGAGUGUUUGGUAUAAGAUGGGCCUAAAAGGGAAGCUACUUGGGCAGAUAGAGAUCAGUUUUCAUGGAGAUUUAUUUCAUGAAAUCCUUGGAGCCAGACCCCAUCAUCUGCCUUCCAUGACCUCAGUUAUUCAUGAAGUUGGUGGCCAGUGGGGAACUCAGGGCUGUACCACCAAAUAUAAAUAUACCCAAUUGACAAAAGAUUACAAAAAGGCUGGAAUUCAAACUUGUGAUCUUAUAAUUAUAUGUGGGAAAACUGAAACCGAGGAGGCUGUUAUGGACAUCAUAGAUAAUGAAAAGAAAAUAGUAAAAUACAGAAUCGUAAAAGGUGACGUCUUGAAAUCCUAUAAGAGUUUCAUUGUAACAUGUGAAGUUGAAACCAAUGGGGAUGACAAGUUUGUGACUUGGACUGUUGUUUAUGAAAAGCUCAAAGAGGAGAUUCCUGAGCCACUUACCUAUAUGGAGUAUUUUUUUACAGUGACCAAGGACUUGGACAAUCACCAUGCCAAGCCCAACCCAUGA